CGCAUAUUUCAACAAUGGCCCGGAAUAUUACAUUGGAGAUUCCGAGCCGGCCCCGGCCAGCCUAUUAUCUCUCGCCGUUUUACUGUUUUAUCCUCUCCUCCAUUGUAAACGCCGGCUGAACAACCACCUACUCUACUCCGCCUCACCUCAGCUUCCGUACCCGCCGCCGCAGCUUUUAAAUUCAUAUCUCCGACUUUCAUCUUUCUCUAUAAGUCAAAGCACAGAGAGAGAAGGAUCGAAGAUCGCCGUCAAAGACGGAGGAGGAGGAGGAGAGGAAGCACUGUUCAACCUCUUAUUUGGGCGCUUAAUGUAAUGUACCAACCAAAAGCUGUUCUUAGUUCAAGCUUAGUACCCAACAAGGCAAUAGUCAGCCAGCAGUCAUUAGACUUUAGUGCCAGCACAAUGGAACCAAUCAAUGGGGCUAACAAUCUCAACAACAAUCCUAGUCUUGCUUCAAAACAACGUCUGCGUUGGUCACAUGAGCUUCAUGAAAGAUUUGUUGAUGCAGUUGCACAACUUGGUGGCCCAGAUAGGGCUACUCCUAAAGGUGUUUUGAGAGUCAUGGGUGUGCAAGGGCUGACAAUUUAUCAUGUAAAAAGCCAUUUACAGAAAUAUCGACUUGCCAAAUACCUUCCCGAUGCAUCAUCUGAUGGAAAAAAACCCGACAAUAAAGAUUCAAGUGAUAUAAUCUCCGGCCUAGAUGAUUCAUCUGGAAUGCAAAUAACUGAGGCACUAAAAUUGCAGAUGGAGGUCCAAAAGCGACUACACGAGCAACUAGAGGUUCAGCGCCAGCUACAGCUAAGGAUAGAGGCCCAAGGCAAGUAUUUGAAGAAGAUAAUAGAAGAACAACAGCAACUCGGCGCUGUUUCAGAAAUGCCAGAGUCCGGGGCUACGUCUGCAUCAGCAGGCGAGAAUGCCCCCGUAUCUGAUAACAGUACAAAUCUAGUGACGCCUGUACCUGCAUCUGAACCUCCUCAUACUGAAAACCCUGCAAACGAACGCAAUCCAGUUAAGGGCAUUUCGCUUAACGCCUCGCCAUCUUCUCAUAACGAGGCUCUUUCACCAGAUUCCAGCUGCCAUGCAGCUUCUGCAGUCGAGAGGCCAUCAAAGAAGCAAAAAGUUGGUGCAGAAGUUGCUGCUGCGUUUACCCAACCCGAUGCAAUGCUUACUAAGUUACUUGGCUGAAGCUCGACAAGUCAUCAGAUCAGAGUAUCAGACUCUAUGCCCAAGCGACAGAGUUUCAGCUUGCAAAGUGUACGUUUUUUUAUUUAUGUGUUUAACAUUAAUAGUUCAACCAGGCUUUGAUUAGGACAUAGAAACUGCUUGCUUCUUUAGAUGUGUUUGCCUUGGUUCACUCAUCUUUAGUACCAUUUGCUUAAACUGUUGCCUAAUGCUAAAUAAAAAUGUGAAUUAUGCUGCCUAAAUGCGCCAAUCCAGGAAAUGUGGGUUAUGUUA